UUAGUGUUAUUCGAAAAGAGACAAUCAUUGAGGGACAUUGCGCCAAAAAGUAGUUUGUGCUCAGAAACACGCUAUGUCAGUGAAUUUUACUUUUAUUGCAUUUGUAUUGUUGCCGUAUUACAUUCUGACGAAAUAAACAUUCACAUCGACCUUGGAUACAAUUAAAUUGUUUGACUCAACAAUGAGCAAAGAUAUUCGUUCAUUUUUUUCAUCAGUAGCUGCAAAACCAGCACGCGCAAUUACUCCAAAACGGAAGCAAAAUGUGCUUGAUGAUGACAGUGAUGAAGAAAAGGUUAAAAUGCCAAAGAAAUCGAAAGACAAUUCUGAAGCAUUAAGAGCAAAAAAACGCCGUGUCAUUUAUUCGUCCGAUGAAGAUGAGCCGAUCGUGUCAAAAGAGACAAAAACAACGAUAGCAAGUAAAGUAGCAAAACUGAAGACGGUCGAUGUAUCAAAUGCAUUCGGCAAUGGACCCGUUAAGCGAAUUGAAAAAGUGAAAAAACCGAAACAAAGCAAAGAUGCUGAUGUUUUCGAUGCUGACACCGAUGACAUGGAAUUGAUGAAUGUUGAUGAAGAGAUCUUGUCACCAAAGCCGACAAAACAAGACUUAAAUAAAAAAGACGUCAAAGUAAAAGAAGAGAUAAAAUCACCGGUAAAGGAGAAAAUUCCAUUGAAGGUGAAGAACACCAAAUCGCCAGAAAAGGUUAAGCAGGAGAAGAAAUCACCGGUGAAAAAUGAAAAACGUACACCCGAUGAAUCGAAAGAAGAGAAAAAAGGCCGCAAGAAAGAUUCGGAUAGUGAUCAAUCGUCGAAGAAGAAGCCGGCAACGCCAGCAUCGAACAAAAAACCAAAGCAAUCACAUGAUGAAUCCGAACUUGAUCGAUCCGUUUAUGACGAGGAUCAAGAGAAAUUUGAAAGACGUCGUGCAGCCGCUGCAUUGUAUAAGCAAAUGCAAAAACGUGCCGGCCCCUCAGCACCGGGCAGUAAGGAAAUACCAAAAGGUGAACCGAAUUGUUUGACUGGUCUAAAAUUUGUUCUAACCGGGGUUUACGAGUCGAUGGAAAGAGAAGAGGCGGCUGCAGUUAUAAGAGAUUUGGGCGGCAGUGUCACCACAGCGAUAUCGGGAAAAACAAAUUACGUUGUUUCUGGCUUGGAAAGUGGUCCGGCGAAAUUGGCAAAGGCUGAAGAUUUGGGAAUUUCUAUUUUAUCAGAGGAUGAUUUACUUGAUUUGAUUCGAGAGAAGUCUGGACAGCCAACACACAAUAAAAAGGUGAAGGAAGAGAUGAAAUCGCCCAAAAAGGAAGCAAAGAAAUCGUCAAAAGAUGCUAAAAAAGACAAGCGCACACCGGUAAAAUCUGAGUCACCGAAAAAAGUUAAAGUAGAGGAAAAACGUGUCGAAACAGAAGUAGAACCAAAAUUCACACCAUCUACACCACAAAUCAACAAAGAUAUUCCUCAGCCAUGGGUGGAAAAGUACAAACCGAAGGACAUUAAAGAAAUCAUCGGUCAACAAGGACCCGCUAGCAACCUUAACAAGCUCAUCAAAUGGUUGCAAAACUGGUAUAAAAAUAAUGAUGGCAAAAAGAAGCAUGCCCGUCCAAAUCCUUGGGCAAAGAAUGAUGAUGGUGCAGCAUUCAAGGCCGCCUUACUUUCUGGUCCGCCUGGAGUUGGAAAGACGACUACAGCUACUUUAGUGUGUAAACAUUUGGGAUAUGAUACGAUCGAAUUUAAUGCGUCCACUACGCGAAGCAAAAAACUAUUGCAAAAUGAAGUGGCUGGUUUGGUGGCAAAUAAAACACUCCACGGCUACAGUUACGGUCACAAUGAAACUCUAACGCAGAAGAAAGUACUGCUGAUGGAUGAAGUCGAUGGAAUGGCUGGCAAUGAAGAUCGUGGUGGACUAGCUGAAUUGAUUGGAAUCAUAAAGUCUUCAUCGAUUCCAAUAAUUUGCAUGUGUAAUGAUCGCAAUCACCAGAAGAUGCGAUCAUUGGUCAAUUACUGUUUUGAUUUGCGAUUCGCUCGGCCACAAUUGCCACAGAUCAAAGGCGCUAUUAUGUCGAUUUUAUUUAAAGAAGGUGUCAAACUUUCACCAAAAACAAUCGAAGAAGUUAUCCAGGCGACAAAUCAGGAUGUACGUCAAACGUUGAAUUCAUUGUCAUUGAUCUGCGCUAAACCAGAUGCCGAAGGCAGUGGCCUACGUAAUGAUAAUGGUAAGAAAGAUUUACGACUCGGUCCAUGGGAGGUCGUACGAAAAGUUUUCUCCGCAGAAGAACACAAAAAGAUGACAUUGAACGAUAAAGCCGAUUUGUUUUUCCAUGACUACAGUUUGGGUCCGCUAUUUGUGCAACAAAACUACUUGAGCGUUGUUCCAAAUGGGCCAAAAUCAAAAACAAUGGAACAAGUUGCAUUGACUGCCGACAGUUUGAGUUUAGGUGAUUUGGUUGAAAAUCGCAUUCGAAGCCGUCAAAACUGGUCGAUAUUACCGGUUCAGGCGAUGUACAGCUCGGUGUUGCCGGGCGAAUAUAUGUCUGGUCAAAUUACAGCGCAAAUCAACUUUCCAGGAUGGCUCGGGAAGUAUUCCAGAACACAGAAGCGCAGUCGAAUGGCACAAGAAAUUCAUGAUCAUACUCGCAUACGUACGAGUGCGUCACGUGAAUCAAUCCGCCUUGAUUAUGCUCCAUUCUUACUGCAUAACAUUGUUCAGCCAAUGAUUGAUGAUCAGAACGAUGGAGUUGAAGAGUCACUAAAUGUUAUGAAAGAAUAUCGUUUAUUGCGUGAAGAUAUUGAUUCACUGGUCGAAUUAACAUCUUGGCCCGGUAAAAAGAGUGAAUGGGAUUCAGUUGAUGGUCGUGUUAAGGCCGCACUCACUCGAGCAUAUAACAAAGAGAUUGCACCGUAUUCAUAUUCAACCGUAACAGCUGCGAAAAAGAAGAAGGUGGCCGCUAGUGAUGAAGAUUAUAUGAACGAGUUGGGUGAUGGUGAAGCACAGUUCAGCGAUAGUGACGACGGAGAUGACGAUAAGCUGGAAAAUGAUACACUGAUCAAAUCGAAAAAAGGCGGCGCAAGCUCAAAAGCAGGCGGAAGCGGAAAAGGAAGCAAAGCAAGCUCAUCUGGCAGCAGUCGCAGUUCAGCGUCCACCAGCAAGAAAGCUGCAUCUUCCAAGAAGAAAUAAUCUCAUUAAAUUUUUCAUUUUCAUUUUUUCCCCUUUGUUAAGAUGCUCAUCUCUUUUAUCUUACAUAAUAUCAUACUAUAAAGUGCCCCAGUUUCCCAUUUGUUAAAUUUUCAACUAAAUAAACAAUCACAAAAUCAUUUUAUAA